AUAGAGGCUGUAGAAGGUAAACCAGUACAGUUCCGCUGUGUAGUGACUGGUGAACCCCAACCUGACAUCAAAUGGUUAUUGGAUGGAGAACCCAUCGAGGAUACUAAAUUUGAACGAAUCAUUGAAAGCGAUGGAACUUGUAUCCUACACAUUCCAGAAACCUACCCAGAGGAUGAGGGUGAAUAUGAGUGUGUAGCUAUCAAUGAUUUUGGAACAGCUAGCACCAAAGCUGAUCUCUACAUCCAA